CGGAGUCCUUCGCUUCUCCAUCUUCCUCUAAGCACACGCAUCUGGCCCCUCUGCACGGAUUCCGCUGUAUCCAGCCCGCCUAGUUUUGGUGUUUUCCGUUUUUCUUUCCCCGAAGAGCGUCUUCCCGUUUUCGACACUCCUAGAUCACAAUGGCUGCUAACGGCGCCAACGGGACCAACGGCUCUGCCAACGGCGUGAGCGGGCGGAAGCACUACAAUGAGGGCACCUUCCUCUUCACCUCCGAGUCCGUCGGUGAGGGCCACCCCGACAAGAUUGCUGACCAGGUCUCGGAUGCCAUUCUCGACGCUUGCCUGGCCGAGGAUCCCCUCUCCAAGGUCGCUUGCGAGACGGCUACCAAGACGGGCAUGAUCAUGGUCUUCGGUGAGAUCACGACCAAGGCCAAGAUCGACUACCAGAAGGUGGUCCGCAACACCAUCAAGGACAUCGGCUAUGACGAUUCGUCCAAGGGGUUUGACUACAAGACUCUCAACCUUCUUGUCGCGAUCGAGGAGCAGUCCCCGGAUAUCGCGCAGGGUCUGCACCUCGACGACCGCCUCGAGAACCUCGGUGCUGGUGACCAGGGCAUCAUGUUCGGCUACGCCACCGAUGAGACUCCCGAGCUGUUCCCCCUGACCCUGCUCUUCGCUCACAAGCUCAACGCGGCCAUGGCCGCUGCUCGCCGCGAUGGCACGCUCCCCUGGCUCCGCCCCGACACCAAGACCCAGGUCACGAUCGAGUACAAGCACGACAAUGGUGCUGUCGUGCCCUUGCGUGUCGAUACUGUCGUCGUCUCCGCCCAGCACUCGGCGGAUAUCACCACGGAGAAGCUGCGCAAGGAAAUCCUCGAGAAGAUCAUCAAGAAGACCAUCCCGGCUAAGUACCUGGAUGACCGGACCAUCUACCACAUCCAACCCUCGGGCCUUUUCGUCAUUGGCGGUCCCCAGGGCGACGCCGGCUUGACCGGCCGCAAGAUCAUUGUCGACACCUACGGCGGCUGGGGUGCCCAUGGUGGUGGUGCCUUCUCCGGCAAGGACUUCUCCAAGGUCGACCGCUCGGCCGCCUACGUCGGCCGGUGGAUUGCCAAGUCUCUCGUCGCCGCCGGUCUCGCCCGCCGCGCCCUCGUUCAGCUCUCCUACGCCAUCGGCGUUGCUGAGCCCCUCUCGAUUUACGUCGACACGUACGGCACCUCGGAGAAGACGUCGGAUGAGCUGGUCAAGAUCAUCCGGGACAACUUCGACCUGCGGCCCGGUGUCAUCGUCAAGGAGCUGGAUCUUGCCAAGCCCAUCUACCUGCAGACCGCCAAGAACGGCCACUUCGGUACUAACCAGAAUUUCAGCUGGGAGAAGCCCAAGCCGCUCAAGUUCUAAGUGAGAUGCAAUGUCGCAGAAGAUUCAACUUCUCUCUGCUGAUACCGUCUCGCUCGUCUUUGGACGAUCUCUUUUUUCCCUUUUAUCCCUCGAAGUUACUAUUUUAUGGCAUAUGGAUGGAUAAGCAUUACUGGCGUACGGUUCUCAACAAACCUGGGUGGGCGGAUAGACUUAUAUCCCUGUUAUUUCUCUUUUCUGUUUGGGUCUCUCUGGCUUACGGGGCAAAAUAGCGGCGGCGUGGGGGUGGUCUAAUGGCUGCUGGGACAAGUCAAUGCUUGAUUUGGCUUUCCGUUGCGUUUCUUGCUUCGCAGGUGGCGGAAGUACGCCUCGAGGAACAUCCUUUUCCCCUGCGAAUACCGAGACAGCUCGCCAGGUCAAAGACGGGUGAUUUACGGGCGGCAGGCGUCUUUCAACAGAGACAUCGCAUGAGCCAAGAAGGCGCCAAGUUUAUGACAUCGCGAUACCCCAUUGGGCACGGCAUAUGAGGGCAAAAGACAUCGGCGUUUUGGGGAAACAAAAGAAUUUCAACAUCUUUUCUUUUCCUGAAUUAUUAGACGUCGAUAAUAGUCUUUUUGGCUUGGCGCGGAAAGAGAGAAGGGGCUCGGGGUGGCCGAGUCCCAGGCCAAACACUGCUUCAGCUUGGGAAUGAAAGCGGGAAGCCCGUCGAGAGGCGAUGUGCUUAUCGGAAUAGCUCAUGAAUAGCAGCCUUGGCCUUUUGGUGC